AUGUCUCAAGCACCACUUACUGCACUGAAUCCGGAUGUCGUCGACUUGAAUAACGUUCAGGGCGAUAUUAUUCCCGGGUUCCCCAAGAAGAAAGAGCAAUUCAUUUUCUUUGUCAUUCGGGACGCUGUCAAGUUCAAGUCGGCUAUCCCUACCCUAAAGGUAACCUCGACAGCCGAUGUAGUUGAAGCGCGCAAGAAUAUAGAAGAUCAAAAGUCCCGACUAGGCGGCGGCCUUGUCCCGCUUGCUUUCCUGAACAUUGCAUUCUCCAAAUCUGGAUUGAAAGAGUUGGAUAUCACCGAAGACCUCGGCGACCAACCUUUUGCGCUAGGCCAGCUGCGUGAUGCUGAAAAUCUUGGCGACGAUGGAGUGACCGAAGCUGACGGUUUCCACCCAUCCUGGGAGCAAGCAUUCAAAAAUCGUGUAGAUGGCGUUCUCGUCGUCGCCGGCGAAUCGUGGGUAUCGGUCGCUGCCAAGGUUGCUGAAGCUAUGGCGGUCUUGACUACGUCUGUUCGAGUAGUCUAUACCCUUAAGGGCUCCGUUCGACCUGGCGAACAGAAAGGACACGAGCACUUUGGAUGGGAAGACGGAAUCUCCAACCCAAUAGUGGAAGGCAUCGGAGAGCCUCUUCCUGGCCAGCGUGUCGUCCCUCCAGGCGUAAUCCUUUGCGGAAAGGCCCAAGACCCUGUCUCCAACCGACCUGCGUGGACGACUGAGGGUAGCUUCUUGGCUUUCCGACAACUCGAGCAACUCGUUCCAGAAUUCCACAAGUUCUUGGCCGACAAUCCAAUCGACCUUCCAGGGCUCACGCGUGAGCAGGGCAGUGAACUACUUGGAGCGCGAUUGGUCGGACGUUGGAAGAGUGGCGCUCCCAUUCAAUUGGCUCCAACCCAUGACGAUCCGAAACUUGCUAAGGACCCUCAACGGAACAAUGACUUUGUCUAUCCUCAAGCCCCAGGUGACGAAGGACAAACCGAGUGCCCCUACGCAGCACAUAUCCGCAAGACCAACCCCCGCAACGACCUCGAUUUCCUCGAGACGAAUCCCGAUCGCCCGGUCAAUGCUGUCCAAAAAUCAAGUAUCCUCCGCGCUGGUAUUCCAUAUGGACCUGAAGUGACGCUUUCCGAGAAACUCGAGCAAUUUACCGAGUUUGCGCGAGGCCUUGCGUUUGUAUCUUACCAAAGCUCUUUGGCAAAAGGAUUCCAAUUUAUCCAGAAGAGCUGGGCGAAUGCUCCCAACUUCCCUCCUGCCGCUCAAAAGGAAGUCGAGGCCGGAUUCGAUCCAAUAAUUGGGCAGAAGAAUGGCCAGAGCCGCGAGACGCUGGGAACUUCGGCUGGGUCUCAGCUUACGCUCCCGAGGGACUUUGUGAUCUCUCGUGGUGGAGAGUACUUCUUCUCCCCAUCGAUUAAGGCGCUGAAGACAAAGUUUGCUGGUAUCGAUGCCUAA